AGGCAGGAGCCUCCCCACUGCGCCUGCAUGCAGGCAUGUGUGAGCAGUGAUAGGUGCAGUCGUGCUGCUGAUAACCUCUUCCACACUGGCCGCUCACACUUUGUUUGACUACAGUGUAAGUGGGCUCGUCUGACCUGCAGACCCUGGCUAUCCAGGGUGCCCUGUCUUUCUCCUGCAGCAAUGCCAUGCCUGCAUUACUUGAGGCUUCUUUCUGUUGAAAUUUAGGAGAUCCCAGGGUCCCAAUCCAUGCUUCAGUUCUCCAGGCUAAUUUAGUGCUGUCUUGAUCCCUGUGGCACUGCAAAGUAACAGCAAGCUGCUGUGAAGGAAUACCCGAGUGAUAGGCUGAUGCUGCAACCAGUUUUCUGAGAGCUGCAAGAUCUGGGAACCUGGACAAAGCCUUGGAUCACCUCAGAAAUGGGGUAGAUAUUAACACCUGUAACCAGAAUGGGCUGAAUGCUUUGCACCUGGCCUCCAAGGAGGGCCAUGUGAAAAUGGUGGCAGAGCUGCUGCACAAGGAGAUCGUUUUGGAGACAACGACCAAGAAGGGGAACACAGCCCUGCACAUUGCUGCCUUGGCUGGGCAAGAGGACGUGGUUCGGGAACUUGUGAACUAUGGGGCCAACGUCAAUGCACAGUCUCAGAAAGGCUUCACUCCCCUCUACAUGGCAGCACAGGAAAACCAUUUGGAAGUUGUCAAGUUCUUGCUGGAAAAUGGAGCCAACCAGAAUGUAGCUACAGAGGAUGGCUUCACGCCACUGGCUGUGGCUCUGCAGCAAGGGCAUGAGAAUGUGGUUGCUCACCUCAUCAACUACGGGACAAAGGGUAAGGUCCGCCUGCCCGCCCUGCACAUCGCAGCCCGCAAUGAUGACACCCGCACAGCUGCUGUGCUGCUACAGAAUGAUCCCAAUGCUGAUGUCCUCUCCAAGACUGGAUUUACCCCCCUGCACAUUGCAGCUCACUAUGAGAACCUCAGUGUGGCUCAGUUACUGCUGAAUCGUGGUGCAAGUGUCAACUUCACACCCCAGAAUGGGAUCACGCCACUGCACAUCGCCUCCCGUCGAGGAAACAUCAUCAUGGUACGGCUGCUGCUGGACCGCGGUGCCCAGAUAGAGACAAGGACCAAGGAUGAGCUGACUCCUCUCCACUGUGCAGCCCGCAAUGGACAUGUGCGAAUCGCAGAGAUCCUGCUGGACCACGGGGCUCCCAUUCAAGCCAAAACCAAGAACGGCCUGUCGCCGAUCCAUAUGGCAGCGCAGGGCGACCACCUGGACUGUGUGCGCCUGCUCCUGCAGUACAACGCUGAGAUUGACGACAUCACCCUGGACCACCUAACACCGCUGCACGUGGCUGCACACUGCGGGCACCACCGUGUAGCCAAGCUUCUGCUGGAAAAGGGGGCCAAGCCCAACUCCCGAGCCCUGAAUGGCUUCACGCCCCUGCAUAUUGCCUGCAAGAAGAACCAUAUCCGGGUGAUGGAACUGCUGCUGAAGAUGGGUGCCUCCAUUGAUGCUGUCACAGAGUCCGGCCUGACCCCCCUGCAUGUGGCUGCCUUCAUGGGGCACCUACCAAUUGUCAAGACCCUGCUGCAGCGUGGAGCAUCUCCCAAUGUGUCCAAUGUGAAAGUGGAGACACCCCUGCACAUGGCAGCCAGAGCAGGACACACGGAUGUGGCAAAUUAUCUGCUGCAGAACAAAGCCAAAGUGAAUGCCAAGGCCAAGGAUGACCAGACUCCUCUGCACUGUGCUGCACGCAUUGGCCACACCAGCAUGGUGAAACUUCUGCUGGAGAAUGGUGCCAGCCCCAACCUGGCCACAACAGCUGGGCACACACCCCUGCACAUCACCUCCAGAGAGGGGCAUGUGGACACGGCACUGGCAUUGCUGGAGAAAGGGGCCUCACAGACCUGCAUGACCAAGAAAGGAUUUACCCCUCUGCACGUUGCAGCCAAGUACGGGAAGGUGGAUGUGGCUGAGCUGCUCCUGGCACAUGAUGCCCACCCCAGUGCAGCAGGAAAGAACGGCCUAACCCCACUGCAUGUGGCUGUGCACCACAACAACCUGGAGAUUGUCAAGCUACUGCUUCCCAAGGGGAGUUCCCCCCACAGCUCAGCCUGGAAUGGGUAUACCCCCCUGCACAUUGCUGCCAAGCAGAACCAGAUGGAGGUGGCCAGCAGCUUGCUGCAAUAUGGGGCUUCUGCAAAUGCAGAGUCCAUGCAGGGAGUCACCCCUCUGCACCUGGCUUCCCAGGAGGGGCAUGCGGACAUGGUGGCACUGCUCUUUUCCAAACAAGCCAAUGGCAACCUUGGUAACAAGAGUGGCCUGACUCCUCUCCAUCUCGUGGCCCAAGAGGGGCAUCUGCUGGUUGCUGAUGUUCUGAUGAAGCAUGGAGUCACAGUGGAUGCAACAACUAGGAUGGGCUAUACCCCGCUGCAUGUGGCCAGCCACUAUGGGAACAUCAAGCUGGUGAAGUUCUUGCUGCAGCAUCAGGCUGAUGUCAAUGCCAAGACUAAGCUGGGCUACACACCCCUGCACCAAGCCGCGCAACAGGGCCACACAGACAUCGUAACGCUGCUGCUGAAGCAUGGUGCAUCUCCCAACGAGAUCAGCACAAGCGGCACCACCCCUCUGGCCAUUGCAAAGCGGCUUGGCUACAUUUCUGUCACAGAUGUGCUGAAGAUCGUCACAGAGGAAACUAGCAUCCCAUCAGUUGGUGAAAAGCAUCGCAUGAGCUUCCCGGAGACUGUAGAUGAGAUUCUGGAUGUGUCAGAGGAUGAAGGCACUGCUCAUGUUACUCUAAUGGAGGAGGAGCUGAUCGCACCCAGGCCCAAGACCCCUGAUGCCAGGGACCAGGAUGGAAAGAGGGAGGUGCUGGAGUUUGUGACCAAAAUGAUGCCGGAACAAAUAGCGGAGUCUCCAGCCAUCCUGCAGGUCCCUUGCGUUCCACCUGAAACUGUGGUGACCAGAGCAGAGGAGCCUGAGCAGGUAGGACCUAUCGAGGCAGAAGCUGAGCAAGUCGGUCUGCUGCAUGCGCCCUUGGUUUCCGUGCAGGAGCCCUCCAAGGAGUUCGAUGAGGACUCGCUGAUCCCCAGCAGCCCUGCCACGGAGACCUCGGACAACAUCAGCCCGGUGGCCAGUCCCGUGCACACAGGGUUCCUGGUGAGCUUCAUGGUGGAUGCCCGCGGCGGCUCCAUGCGGGGUAGCCGGCACAACGGGCUGCGUGUGGUCAUCCCGCCCCGCACCUGCGCUGCACCAACUCGCAUCACCUGCCGCCUGGUGAAGCCCCAGAAGCUGCCAGCUCCCCCGCUGCUGGCCGAGGAGGAGGGCCUGGCCAGCCGCAUCAUCGCCCUGGGGCCCGCUGGUGCCCAGUUCCUGAGCCCUGUGAUCGUGGAGAUCCCACACUUCGCCUCGUAUGGGCGUGGGGACCGUGAGCUAGUGGUGCUGCGCAGUGAGAAUGGCUCUGUCUGGAAGGAGCACCACAGCUGUUACGAGGAGAGUUACCUGGACCAGCUGCUUAAUGGCAUGGAUGAAGAGCUGGAUAGCCAGGAGGAGCUGGAGAAGAAGAGGAUCUGCCGCAUCAUCACCACAGAUUUCCCUCUCUACUUUGUGGUCAUGUCCCGGAUUUGCCAGGACUGUGACCUGAUCGGCCCUGAGGGAAGGUGUUUGAAAAGCACACUGGUGCCCAUGGUGCAGGCCACCUUCCCCGAGACUGCUGUCACCAAGAGGGUGAAGCUGGCCCUGCAGGCGCAGCCAGUGCCUGACGAACUGGUGACCAAGCUGCUGGGGAACCAGGCGACCUUCAGCCCCAUCGUCACAGUAGAGCCACGCCGGAGGAAAUUCCACCGCCCCAUUGGCCUCCGCAUCCCACUGCCCCCAUCCUGGAAGGACAGCCCCCGGGACAGUGGCGAGGGUGAUACCACCAGCCUGCGCCUGCUCUGCAGCGUCAUUGGAGGGACAGCCCAAGCUCAGUGGGAAGAUAUAACAGGCACCACGAAGCUGGUCUAUGCCAAUGAGUGUGCUAACUUUACCACCAAUGUGUCUGCCAGGUUCUGGCUGGCAGACUGUCCACGCACAGCUGAGGCCGUGCACUUUGCCACCACACUGUACAAGGAGCUGACAGCUGUGCCCUACAUGGCCAAAUUUGUGGUGUUCGCCAAGAUGAAUGAUACGCGGGAAGGCAGGCUGCGCUGCUACUGUAUGACCGAUGACAAGGUCGACAAGACUUUGGAGCAGCAUGAGAACUUCACAGAGGUGGCUCGCAGCCGGGACAUUGAGGUGGCGGAGGGAAUGCCUCUACACGUUGAGCUUUCAGGCAACCUAGUGCCUGUCAAAAAGGAUGCGCAGCCACGCACCUUCCUCUUCCAGUCUUUCCGGGAGAACCGUCUUGCAAUCCCCUUCAAGGUGCGGGACAGCAGCCGGGAAGCCAGCGGCUCCUUGUCAUUCCUGCGCAAGGCCAUGAAGUAUGAGGACCUGCAGCAUGUUCUCUGCCACCUGAACAUCAGUAUACCGCCCUGUACCAAGGGAAGCGGCAGUGAGGAGCGGAGGAGGACACUGACACCAUUGGCUCUGCGGGAGAGAUACAGCAUCCUCAGUGAGAGCAGCCUUGGUACGCAGCCUGCGGGCCUCUCAAGCCCUCCCAUCACCUGCACUCAGGGCUCUCUGAGCAGCACGGACAAGGCAGACCAGAAGAUCGUUGAUAUAGCGGAACAGCUGGGCCUCAGCUGGGCAGAGCUAGCACGUGAACUGCAGUUUGGGGUGGAUGAUAUCAACAGGAUACGUGUGGAGAAUCCCAAUUCCCUACUGGAGCAGAGUAUGGCCUUACUCAACCUCUGGGUCAGCCGCGAGGGCAAGGAUGCCAAGAUGGAGAGCUUGUACACGGCGCUGAGGAAUAUCGACCGCAGCGAGAUCGUCAGCACACUGGAGGGCUCUGGCAGGCAGAGCCGCAGCGUGAAGGGCAGCUGGCGCUAUACGAACAGAGACUACUCCCUCUCGCCAUCCCAGAUGAAUGGUUAUGCUUCGCUGCAGGACGAGCUGCUGUCCCCUGCCUCCCUGCAUUACACACUGCCAUCCCCGCUGCGUGCUGACCAGUACUGGAAUGAGGUGGCCAUCAUGGAUGCCAUCCCCAUGGCCGCCACUGAGCAAGAUGCCCUGAUGGAGAUGUCCGACAUGCAGGUGUGGUCCUCAGGACUCACCCCUUCACUGGUGACUGCUGAGGACUCCUCUCUGGAAUGCAGCAAGGCUGAGGACUCAGAUGCCACAAGCGAAGGCCGAUUCCCGGGUCAGCUGCUGGCAGACACACAUGAUCCAAGCCACCUGGGCUCUAUGGACCUGGUUGAGGAUGACACAGUGGACUCAGAUGCCAUGAAUGGCCUGAUAGACCUACUAGAACAGGAGGAGGGUCAGAGGCCAGAGGGGAAGAUGCCACCCAGUGAUCGCCAGCUGCAAUUGGCCGAGGAGCAGGACCCAGAGAAUGAAGUGUCUUUUGUUUCAGUUCAGCAGAAGGCGCAAGCCAGGAUCACAGCGUCACCUACUGUGAGCCACAUUGCUGAGAAGAGUGCAGACAGGCUGAGGGACUGGAAUGCAGAAGGCUCCUUUAUCUCCUGCCUACAGGACCUGACAGCGGGCUCCUGGCAGGAGGGGGUCACUCGAAGGCUGCGCCUGACACACACUACGGCCUCCGGGGUGCAGGGCCAGGAGCAAGAGCAGGUCCUGGUGCCAGGCGUGGAGCCGAUGCGGAUCAGCUCCGCAGAGGACAGCGACUGGCAGCCCCAGCACUCCAUGGGCCAGGCCUUCGGCUGCUGGCAGGAGAAGAUAGACAGCAGCUUCUUUAUGCAGGGGAAUGAAGUCCUCAAUAUCCCUGGGGAGCAGGUGACAGAGGAGCAGUUCACAGACGAUCAGGGCAAUAUCAUCACCAAGAAGGUCAUCCGGAAGGUGGUGCGGCAGCUGGGCCCGGACGACAGGCAGGAGCACAAGGAGCUGCUGCCAGAGAGCUCCAGGCCGGAGCUCCACGACGCAGAGGCUGAGACUGAGCGCUUCAUGGAAUACACCAGCCUUCAUCGGGACAGUCGGGGGGCCAAGCUUUCUCAGGAGGAGGUGCGAGUCCGUGUCCCGAAAUUGGAGGUCUCCGGGGGCAGGAUGGGGGCUCAGAUAGUGAAACGUGCCAGCCUGAAAAGGGGAAAGCAGUGACCCCUCAAAUGGCCUCUUUUGAGGAUCUCACCUCAACACCAAACCACUGAACGCCACCUGUGCUCUGAGACAUACCUGAGAAGAGGAGAGCGGAAAGCAGAGAGUGGAGGGGAGCAGGGCUGGCUGUACAUGUUUCUAUAGGCUAAUGGCAUGAUUUCUGUAUGAGACAUACUUACCGUCCUAUUCGCAUGACUGACUGACUGCAGACGCAUGAGCUACCGUACUUAAUACUGACGGAGGGGCCUCCGUCCCCAAUCCGCUGCCACCAGGAACCCAGAGAUGGCCACAGGCAUCAUGGGCACCAGUCUCUUGGCUACUCUGGGAGGCAAAAGCUGGGCUGGCAGCAAACACGAGGGAAGGAGCAUCCACCCUCACACGCUCGUGUAUGUAUAUGCGUCCCUGUGCCCCAUGCGAGAGGGAGUCUGGGGCAGCACGGUGCUGCCUGCCGUGCAAGGAGAGAGUCUCAGCCCCUGUCUCCGCCCUGCCGCUGCUGGACUUGCAUCUCAUCCCCCAGCGGUUGCUGGGGUAUGGGAAGGGCAGCAGUGGCCAGGAGCAUGGGACAGGUGGGCUGUAAGAAGCACAGAGUGGCUGGUGCAGGGCUGCCCUUCCUCUCCCCAGCACGUGCAACGUCUCGCACCAGGGCAGGGCUCUGGCCAGAGCACUGAGCUCGUUGCUUGUGUUGAAAGUGUAAACUGUACAGCAAUCAGCCUUGUGUAUAUGAACCAAUAAAUACUAUGCAAACCCCUAGGGACACUCUAGCAGUGUGUACAAAGCACUAACAGCUCUGCUCCCAAAUACCUCUUCAGGCUGCAGGAGGGGCCAAGCCAUUGGAGAACAUGAGCAGCUCUGGUGACUGGAACUGGGAGGCUGUAGCAGACUGCUCCUGCCCUGUACUGCUCUCUGGUCAUCUUCUAGUGUGAAGAGAGGGGCCUGUGGGAGAUGUCCCAUGGGUUUGGCCUUGGUGCAAGCCCCGGUUUGUGUUUGCUUCAGGUGGGGUGAAGCUGGUAGCCCACAUGGAGGUGCUAGGCCCAAGGAGGAUGUGUAGUGACAGAGCAGGGGAUGCUUGUGCCACACAUUGGGCUGUGCCUGGCUCUACUCAGCACAGUAUCCGCUCAGGAGACGAGCCAGGAGCUGGCUGGAGCCAGCCGACCUGUACCACACACCUGCACAAGGGCUCUGCAGGCCAUGGGGCCUCCUCCCCUGGCCUCUUGCAAGGGCACAACUGAGCACAGCUGCAACCUCCGCCAAUGCUGACUCUCCCAGGACCAACCUGGGCAGCUGCACUUUGGCCCUGUUAAAGGCCCUGCUGCAGCAGGCCAGACCAAGCAGCUACCCCGAGAGCUAGAGCCAGCCUGGGGCCCGCUACUCCUGUAGUGAUGGGCAGCGCUGCCCACGUGGCUGAGAAGUGCCACAGGCUGGAUCUGCUGCAGUACUUGACCCCGGGAGGUCAGGAUGCUGAUAGCAGCAGUAGAUUCCACAUCCCCUGGCUCUGUCCCUUACCCAAACCAAGGCAGGGCCUGGGGGUUGCAGUACAGGGCUGCCGGGCCCCUGCUCUCCCCCCCACACACACCCAGAGGUGGCCAUCAGGUGGCUUCGCAGGUCUGUAGUUGCUCCCUGCGGCCACACGCAGAACAAGCCCCCCGCUCGCUCCUGGCCGUGUGAGGGGGUGUGCUGGCAGGGCAGCCCCACAUGGCAGCAGGUGUCCAUCUGCCAGGAGAGCCCCGGGUCCCGUGCAGCCCGGGCAGGAAGCCUAGCUGCAGCAAAGCAAACAGCCAGCUUAGUCUCAGAGAGCAAACCAACUCCCCAGUUUGAGCCAUGUAGGGCACAGACUCUCCAUCCCUCACCCUUGCCACAUACAAUAACCUCCCUAGACCCACUGCAACAGCUGCUGCCAAUAGCAUUGCCAUAGAGUUGUGUGUGGGUCCUUGCUUCGGCCUCGUAUACUCCUUAGGGAAUGUGCUGUGUUGCAACCGUGCCAGGCACCUGCAGUGGCAUCGCUUUGCGCUCGGAUUGCUAGUAGGGCUGGUAGGGGGAGGCUGCAUCUGACAUGAACCUAGGGAAUGCUGCAGUCUGCACACUAGAAGCUUUUUAGAAGUUUUAAAAAUUACUUUUAUUUUCUUUUUUUAAUUGUUAUGGAAACAAGCCUUUUGGAUCUCCCUGUCUUAGCCCCGAUGUAUAGAUCAUUUCCCUGUACACCAGUUAUCAGAUUAUGAAUUAAUAAAGAAAAUGACACAGA